AUGGAAAAAACACUUGAGAUACGAAAAGUCGGCCUUCUUCCCAACAAAAAGAGGACGAGAGUUGAUGACAGAGAUGGAAUCAUUCAUAAUGUCAAGGAGGCUUUGGAUGAAUAUCGAGAGACAUUAACUAAGCUCCGUCAAAAACAUGGUAGUGAAGCCAACAAACUAGAUUGUUGGAGGCCUGAUAUUGAAGCAGUAAUGCAUCUGAGAAAGAAAGGAAAAUUGGUUAACAUGAGGAAGCAAUUAGGACCGAUUCCAGGAGUUGAGGUUGGUGACGAGUUUCGUAACAGGGCUGAACUAAUUGUUGCUGGCCUCCAUCAUAACUUUCGGCGUGGUAUUGAGUAUAUGAAGAAGGAUGGGAAAAUUUUGGCAACAAGCAUUGUUAAUUCUGGCCGUUACGCUAACCAUGUAGGAUCUUCUGAUAUCUUGUUUUAUUCAGGUGAAGGUGGAAAUCCUAGGGUUGAAUGUAAAAAGCCGAAGGAUCAAACACUUGAACGUGGAAACCUUGCACUAAAGAAUAGCAUGGAAGUACGAACUCAUGUAAGGGUAAUUCGCGCCGUUAAACAUUUUGAGGUGGUUACAUGUGCUAAUAAACGUUCUUUCACAACUUAUGUUUACGAUGGUCUCUACAAAGUCGAGCAUUUUUGGCAAGAAAGAGGGGAAUUCGGCAAACUCGUGUUUAAAUAUUUGUUGAAAAGGAUACCGAGGAUGCCUAUUCGUGUGGUCAAUGCAAUAGAUAGCGAGAGUCAUCCAACUUUCAAUUACACGCGCUACGUGAUUUAUCCAAAUUUCUUCAAGAUCAAGGGUGACAUGUGGGUGGUGAAAGUGAGUGGUGAUGGUGCUUGUGGUGGUGGUGGGGAAGAAGGUGGAAGUGAGGUGGCGGUAAUGGUGGUGAAGGAUGUGGUGGUGGUAUUGGUGGUGGAGGUUGAGGUGAUGGUUGUGGUAUUGGUGGUAGACGAUGUCAUUUAA